AUGCCAGGUGUUGAGAUGGGUUUGAGGCAAGCCCUGACAACCGGCACAAUAAACCAUCUGUUCGGUACGAAGACAGCAUCAUUACCGCCCUUUGGUAAAUGUCAUCUAUCCGAGCAAACUAUCCUGAACGAACUCGCGAGCACCGAAUUGAAUGAGUACUUUGAGCAUCUGUUCCAAUCACUCGACCUGUUUGAGGCUAUCUAUUAA